CUGACUCUCUGAACAGAGAAGAAAAAAACAGACGCCGGAAAAAGCGAGAUAGAGAGAGAGAGAGAGAGCGAAGACGACCCACCGGAGACGAAACAUAUCAAUCCUAAUCGAAAACGAGAUAGAGAGAGAGAGAGAGCGAAGACGACCCACCGGAGACGAAACAUAUCAAUCCUAAUCGAAAACGAAGAUGGCCGUCGAGAAAUCGAACACGAGGGUGCAAGGUGUUGAGAUACUGAAGCCACGUACGGACAGCAGAGACUACCGGAUGAUUGUCCUCAAGAACUUGCUCCAGGUCCUGUUGAUCAGCGAUCCCGAUACGGAUAAGUGUGCUGCUUCAAUGAGCGUUAGUGUUGGAUCUUUCUCUGACCCACAAGGAUUAGAAGGGCUAGCUCACUUCUUAGAGCAUAUGCUAUUUUAUGCAAGUGAGAAGUAUCCGGAGGAAGAUAGUUACUCCAAGUACAUCACAGAGCAUGGAGGCAGCACAAAUGCGUAUACUGCCUCUGAAGAGACAAACUACCAUUUCGAUGUUAAUGCUGACUGUUUCGUUGAGGCUUUAGACAGAUUUGCUCAGUUCUUUAUCAAACCACUAAUGUCCGCUGAUGCCACCAUGAGAGAGAUUAAGGCUGUUGACUCAGAGAAUCAGAAAAACUUACUCUCUGAUGGUUGGCGAAUGCGACAGUUACAGAAACAUCUUAGCAAAGAAGACCAUCCAUAUCACAAGUUUAGCACAGGGAACAUGGAUACACUUCAUGUACGACCCCAAGCGAAAGGAGUGGAUACAAGGAGUGAGCUUAUUAAAUUCUAUGAGGAACAUUAUUCUGCCAACAUAAUGCAUCUGGUUGUUUAUGGGAAGGAAAGCCUUGAUAAAAUUCAAGAUCUUGUGGAAGGGAUGUUCCAGGAAAUCCAAAACACCAACAAAGUCGUCCCUAGAUUUCCUGGGCAGCCAUGUACUGAUGACCAUUUACAGAUUCUCGUGAAGGCUGUUCCUAUAAAGCAAGGACACAAACUAGGUGUUUCAUGGCCUGUAACGCCUAGCAUUCACCAUUAUGAAGAAGGACUAAGCCAGUACCUUGGCCAUCUCAUUGGCCAUGAGGGAGAAGGGAGUUUGUUCCAUGCCCUAAAAACCUUGGGUUGGGCGACGGGACUGUCUGCUGGUGAAGGAGAGUGGACUCUAGAUUAUUCUUUCUUCAAUGUUUCGAUUGAUCUUACUGAUGCUGGCCAUGAGCAUAUGCAAGAGAUUUUAGGGUUGCUGUUCAACUACAUUCAGCUAUUACAACAGACCGGUGUUUGCCAGUGGAUUUUUGAUGAGCUCUCAGCUAUUUGUGAGACGAAAUUUCAUUAUCAAGACAAAACACCACCAAUGUCCUAUAUAGUGGAUAUUGCAUCAAACAUGCAGAUAUAUCCUACCAAAGAUUGGCUGGUUGGAUCAUCGCUGCCUACUAAAUUCAAUCCAGCUACUGUACAAAAGGUUGUCGAUGAGCUUUCUCCAUGUAAUGUUCGAAUUUUAUGGGAAUCACAGAAAUUUGAAGGACAAACUGACAAGGCUGAGCCAUGGUAUAACACUGCCUAUUCUCUUGAGAAGAUAACCAGCUCCACCAUUCAGGAAUGGGUUCUGUCUGCCCCUGAUGUAAAUCUUCAUUUACCAGCGCCUAAUGUCUUUAUUCCUACGGAUUUUUCAUUAAAGGAUGCUAAAGAAAAGGAAUCCAUUCCAGUUCUGUUAAGAAAGACUCCAUUCUCAAGAAUGUGGUACAAGCCAGAUACAAUGUUCUCGAAACCAAAGGCAUAUGUUAAGAUGGAUUUCAACUGCCCACUUGCAGUCAGCUCUCCUGACGCAGCAGUUCUUACUGAUAUUUUUACACGGUUGCUGAUGGACUAUUUGAAUGAAUACGCUUAUUAUGCACAAGUUGCUGGUCUUUACUAUGGAGUGAGCCUUUCGGACAAUGGUUUCGAGUUGACCCUUCUUGGUUAUAAUCACAAAUUGAGGAUAUUGUUGGAAACUGUUGUUGCAAAGAUAGCAAAUUUUGAAGUAAAACCUGACCGAUUUGCUGUUAUCAAGGUAACCAUGUCAGACUUCAAUCGCGUUUUUUUUUUAUUACUUAGGAACGAUUCUGGCAUUUACGGUGUACAGUUCAUUAUCCAGUCCUCAGUUAAGGGCCCUGGACAUAUUGAUUCGAGGGUGGAGUCAUUACUGAAGAACUUUGAGAGUAAACUUUACGAGAUGAGUGAUGAGGAUUUCAAUAGCAAUGUAACAGCUCUAAUAGACAUGAAGCUUGAAAAACACAAGAACUUGAAGGAGGAAUCCCGGUUUUACUGGCGAGAGAUUCAAAGUGGAACACUCAAAUUUAACCGUAAAGAGGCAGAGGUCGCUGCGCUGAAGCAGCUUCAGAAGCAAGAGUUGAUAGAUUUCUUCGACGAAUACAUAAAGGUUGGAGCAGAAAAGAAGAAAUCGCUGAGCAUAAGAGUAUACGGGAGCCAGCAUUUGAAGGAAAUGGCAAGUGACAAAAACGAAGUCCCAUCACCAUGUGUUGAAAUCGAAGACAUUGUUGGUUUCAGAAAGUCCCAACCUCUUCAUGGGUCGUUCAGGGGAUGCGGACAACCCAAACUGUGAGGGCUGACGAAACUCAGUUCUUUAUACAAAGACAAAGAUGAAGACGAUAUUGUUUUUUUCUUUUAUCCUUUUCCUUGUUGUAAUACUAAAUAUCUAGGCGAAUCUUAAAUUGUUCAAAACAGAGUUUCAAUAAUCUAGAGAAUGAUCAAAAAGCGGAGAAAAAUAUUGAUUACUA